AUGGUCGGAGUUUACUCGGUCGGACCGUUGGUUGACCACUAUGGGUUGAACCAACCGGAUUCAGACUGGGCCCACGAGGACAAGGUUUUGAACUGGCUUGAUCAUCAACUGCAAUCAUCAAUGGUUUUCUUCUAUUUUGGAAGCUUAGGCAGUGUAAGAGGGGCCCAACUGAGGGAGAUAGCAAUCGGUCUAAAGCGAACCGGGCAAAGGUUUUUGUUAUCACUGCGCCGACCGGAGGCUUUCGAGUCACGCGACUACACUGAUCUAGAUGAGGUGUUGCUGAAUGGGUUUUUGGAAAGAACAGCUAAAACCGGUUUGAUUUAUGGGUGGGUCCCACACGUGGUGAUCUUGGCCCACAAGGCAAUCGGAGGGCUGGUGUCUCAUUGUGGGUGGAACUCAUUUAUGGAGAGCUUGUGGUAUGGUGUACCUGUUGCCACGUGGCUGGUUUUUGGAUAA